AUGGCCGGAAUCUCAGCCGCCGUCUCUCAAACCGCCUUGGCGCCCGUCUUCGGCAGCCUAGAGGUGGACAUGAACCAUCAGGAAUUCCUCAUCGCGAGUGUCGUCGCCGGCUUUGGACUCCGCCAUUUUGUCGAAAACAUUCCACCCGGCCUCGUUGGGAAGGCAGCAGUAACAUACGCCUUCUGGAUCCCCCCCGUUCAGUUCUACCUCUCCCGCCUCAGCGGCGUUCUUGGACCACAGGUCGGCCCGAUUGUCGUCAGCCUCUUCACCUCCCACAUCCUCCUCGUCCUCGUGGUGUACGCCUGCGCGGAAGCCGUCGAGCAACUGCAGCUCGCGGCGCGGUAUGGCGCAUGGUAUGGCUUCAUCGCCCCGGCCAUCUUCGGCCUCUGGCACAUCAACACCGUCACCGCCUGGACCCGCUCGAGUCUGCCGGGCCUCGCAUAUGUCUCCAGCUUCUUCGUCCCCGUCACGCUGCAGUUGAUCCUGGCUUGCAUCAUGGCUUUCUUCGUCCCUUCCAAGUUGGGCUUGAUGGGUGCUCUACCUGGUUUACUGCACACCAUCUACUUCAAUCCGCAUCUCGAGACGGAGGUUGCGCUGAACCAGCUCAAUUCCACCCUCCAUUCACACAACUGGUCUCUCCUCGACCGCAGCUGGUCAAACACGGGCUACCUCUCCGUGCUAGAGAAUCUCGACACAAACUACCGUGUCCUCCGCUGCGACCACUCUCUCCUAGGCGGAAAGUGGCUUCUCACGCCGCAGAGGCGAGAACUGGAAGGCUGGACCGUGGACGAGCCCGUCUAUCCCGUCUUUGAAAUGCUGGAAGCCGUGCGAUUGCUCGAUCUCCAGCCUUCUGUCCCCGACUCGCAGGCAUCCGCUUUAGUCAUCGGUUUGGGCACCGGCACUGCGCCCGGCGCCCUACUCGCCCACGGCAUCAACACCACCGUUGUGGAAGUAGACCCCAUCAUCCACCAGUACGCCGUCAAGCAUUUCGGCCUCCCACCGACCUACAUAAGCUACGUCGCCGACGCAAUGGAGUGGGUAGGCUCCGCCGCGGAGAACAAAACGACCAAAUACGACUACAUCAUCCACGACGUCUUCACAGGCGGCGCAGAACCGCUGAACCUCUUCACAAACGUCUUUCUAUACAAUCUCCGCUCGCUGCUACAGCCCGCCGGCGCCAUUGCCCUCAACUACGCCGGCGACCCCAAACUCCCCCUGACGACUAGUGUGCUGAAUACCAUUGACAAAACCUUUGACGGCCAGUGCAAAAUCUACCGUGAGCCGCCGGCGGAAGAGGCAUUCGGAAGGAAAGCAGGCGGCGACUUUGACGAGUUCCAUGCCGUGCGCGACGAAGACUUCAUCAACAUGGUCAUCUUCUGCCGCAAUUCGCCCGGGCCCGUCACCUUCCGCCAACCCGCCCCCACCGACUUCCUGGGAAGCCGAAGCCGCGAGGCCCACUUGCUCCCGCGUGCUAAUCUGGAGAUCCCAUUCCCGCUCCAACACUCCUCCAACCGAUCCGCCGUUUUGGAGUACCAGAUUCUGCGUCCGGGUGAUGAGAUGAAGUACUAUACCCAGCAGGCGCAGAGCGCCAUUCGGCACUGGCAUAUCAUGCGGCAAGUCCUUCCAGCCGCCAUUUGGGAGCUUUGGUAG